AGGGGGCGGGGGCCAAGUGACCAGGCGGUGGCGGCUCUGCCGAGGUGACAAUGUGCUAGGAGCCCCGCUCCGUGUCUCCUGCGCCUCCUCGGCCUGGGCGCCUCCUGUCAGCGCUCUCGGAGCCUCGCGGCCGCCUGCCGCGCUAUGAGGGAGCGUCUCCGGGGCUGGCCGAGGCCGGGGCCGCCUCGCUCUGCUCGCCGAGAAGUGUGAAGAGAGGCGCGGGCGGGAGCCCUGGCUGCGCGCGGCGGCGGCUCCAGGUGAGCGCGGAUCUCAGAGCAGCCGGCCACUGACCCGUCUGGAUCUAGGCAGCAUCCCAAGCGGGGACCGCGGAGCUCUCUCCGAGGGAUCAACAGCCACCAUAGCAGGUAUAUUUUGUAGGAGUAUUUUGAAGAUGGAUAUUUUCAAAUCAUUUUGAAAUAGUCAAACACCAUAUACAUGGGAUGCAUCUUGCUUUUGUCCUGGAGAUCACCUCUGUGGCUUGGAUUUAUCUCAGGACCAUUCGUCUUCAGUCUGCGUGUUAAUUAGAAAUCAAGCAUGAGGAGACUCGUCUACUGCAAGGUGGUUCUGGCCACUUCGCUGAUGUGGGUGCUUGUCGAUGUCUUCUUACUGCUGUACUUCAGCGAGUGUAACAAGUGUGAUGACAAGAAGGAGAGAUCCCUGCUACCUGCGCUGAGGGCUGUCAUUUCAAGAAACCAAGAAGGUCCAGGAGAAAUGGGAAAGGCUGUGCUCAUUCCAAAAGAUGAUCAAGAGAAAAUGAAAGAGUUGUUUAAAAUCAAUCAGUUUAACCUCAUGGCCAGUGACUUGAUUGCUCUUAACCGAAGUCUGCCAGAUGUGAGAUUAGAAGGCUGCAAGACUAAAGUCUACCCUGAUGAACUUCCAAACACAAGCGUCGUCAUUGUAUUCCAUAAUGAAGCUUGGAGCACUCUACUUAGAACUGUCUAUAGUGUCAUAAAUCGCUCACCGCACUACCUGCUCUCUGAGGUCAUCUUGGUUGAUGAUGCCAGUGAAAGAGAUUUCCUCAAGUUGACAUUAGAGAACUACGUGAAGACUUUAGAAGUGCCGGUGAAAAUUAUCAGGAUGGAAGAACGCUCCGGGUUAAUACGCGCUCGUCUCCGAGGAGCAGCUGCUUCAAAAGGACAGGUCAUAACUUUUCUGGAUGCACACUGUGAGUGCACCUUAGGAUGGCUGGAGCCCUUGCUGGCGAGAAUAAAGGAAGACAGGAAAACAGUUGUGUGCCCAAUCAUUGAUGUUAUUAGCGAUGAUACCUUUGAGUACAUGGCUGGUUCAGACAUGACUUAUGGUGGUUUUAACUGGAAGCUAAAUUUCCGAUGGUAUCCUGUCCCUCAAAGAGAAAUGGAUAGGAGAAAAGGAGACAGGACCUUACCUGUCAGGACCCCUACUAUGGCUGGUGGCCUAUUUUCUAUUGACAGAAACUACUUUGAAGAGAUAGGAACUUACGAUGCAGGAAUGGAUAUCUGGGGUGGAGAGAAUCUUGAAAUGUCUUUUAGGAUCUGGCAAUGUGGAGGCUCUUUGGAGAUUGUGACUUGCUCUCAUGUCGGUCAUGUUUUUCGAAAGGCAACUCCAUACACCUUUCCUGGUGGCACUGGCCAUGUCAUUAACAAGAACAACAGAAGACUAGCAGAAGUUUGGAUGGAUGAAUUCAAAGAUUUCUUCUAUAUCAUAUCCCCAGUCUAGGACCACGAACCCCGGAACUGGUUUCACCCAUAACUAAGAUGGCUCAUCUACUAUUGAUUAAUCUAGAUGAUCAAUCUCUCCUUCCGGCAUGCCCUGAAACCCAUCUCCCAGGUGAUUCUAGACUUCAUCAAGUUGAUGACACUAACCAUCACAACAUGACGUUCUAUCUGUGCACCAUGAAGUUACAAAGGAUGCCAAGAGAAAAUUUAUUGUCAUGGAAAUAUUUAAUUGCCUUUGACACUUCUCCUUUUAUUUCUUCUAAUGAACAGUGAAUCAUUUUUUUAAAAAAUGCCAUUAUUUUUGCAGGUAGCUUAUUUCAGGUUAUUAUUCAUGUGGUUGGAGAUAUUUUUCUUGCUUGCAUGCUUUUGUUUUUUUCUUUUUGUCACAUGGUAGUCCUUUCCUUUAACAAUCAAUAAAUGGAGGUUAUCGGUCAUUCUAAAGCAUGCAUUCAUAACACCAUGUCUACUUUACUGUGAAAUUACACAAUGCUUUAUAUUUUGAACUAAUAUCUAUUUUUAAAAUAGUUUUUAAAAAUUUUCUUUCAGUUUACUGUUUAUGGCAAACAGUUGGAAAGCUGCAUAAUAUUGAAGAGUGAAAUAACUAUUAGUCCUGUUUUCAUUUUGUUUGCUUAUUUUUUUAGUAUUAAAUAUGGGGCUGACAAGAUGUCCCAGUCAAUAAAUAAAGAACCAGUAGACCAUGAAGUCUAAUGUGUAAUUGUGCCUUCUCUCUAUGACAGACCAUCUAUAUUAUGAAAUCUUAAUACUGUGACUGCCUAAACAAGACCUGAACAAUUCCAAAAUCAGAUAUGAGAAAUCUCAUGUGCCUCACAUAGACCAAGAACUAAUGACUGCUGAGAAAGUGAGAAUAAAUCUUCCUCAAGGAUGAGACUUCAAUUAGUUAUCUAACACCAUUUGUUCAGACGUAGAAAGAAGACAGUAGGAGCAGACAAGCUGAGAGGAAUCAGAAGGCUGUACUUAUAUUUGUUUUAUUUAUGUGCAACAAUAAUGAUUUAAAGAGAUUUUGCCAGGAGUUUUGGACUGAGUUGGGAGUCGGGCAUAGGAAAGGGAUGAGAGAAAAAUGAGGUUAUCAAAUUAUAUUUUAAUUAGGUUUGUAAAACCUGAUUAUGUUGCUAACAUGAUGUCUUUUGUUCAAUCCUCAGAUCACAUAUGAAAAACAAAACCUAGUGUCAUGCAGUCCCAUUAUGGGGUUGGCAGAAACAAGCAGAUUUGGGGGGGUCGCUGACCAGCCAGCUUAGCCUUCUUAGAGAACUCGAGAUUAUCUAGAGACAGACUCAAAAAAUAAUAUGUAAGUACCUGCUGAUCAGUGUACAAGUUUGCCCUCUGCCCCUCAUAUGUGCACCAACACUUUUACAUGUGUGUAUCCAUAUAUAUGCACAUACACAUUUACAUGCAUAUACACACUCAAACAACAAUAAAGUUUUUCAAAAUGAGUUUGUAUUUCCUGAUUUGGUUCAGGCAUUUUCUGAAUGGGACAUUUGUCAAUUUUUGUUCAUAAUUUCAAUACACACACACACACACACACACACACACACACACACAUAUAUUGGAUUUUUUAUUUACUUACAUUUCAAUGUUAUCCCCUUUCCUGAUUCCCCGCCCAUAAACUCACUAUCUCAUGUGCCCUCCCCCUUCUAUGAGGGUGUCCCCCACCCAUCCACCCACCCCUUCCCACCUCCCCACCUUGAGAUUCCCCUACUGGAAGGUGGAGCUUUGGCAGGACCAAGGGCUUCUCCCACUGGUGCCUAACAUUACUUUGUGAUAUUCCUUGCCAUGUUCAAUCUCUAUCUCCUUUAGUCCACAAGAUUCUUUAGUGAACAAAAUGUUUCUCUUCCAUUCAUGGUCUGUGAGUUUGUUCAGUCACUGCAAUCAAUAAAAGCAGAACCUGUUUACAGCACUUUCUUGUUUCAAUCUACAUUGCUUAUCUGAAUAACUGUAAUAAAACAGGACAAACAGAUUUUGAUGGGCAGUUUCAUUCCAGCCCAUCUGUUCCUCCUUGCUGAAAAGCAGGAACCUGGGCUUAUUUACCCCACAUUGAAGAGCUGCUUAAAUGUAAAGCAUGGUGAUGAGAAUAAUGCAGUUACUUUUACAUCUACCACUGUUCUUUAAACACCUCUUCUGUCUCCCUUUAAAGAUGAGCCACACUGACACCUACGAUGAAAGCUGAAGUGCAAUUGGUAAAGGGACAGGUCUUCUGUUCAUGGUGACCUUUUAGCACAGUGUGAGUGUGGUAGGUUAAAGCUUAUGUCCACAAUGGCAAACAGAAAUUCAGACAUUAGAGACACCACACUCAUGCUCCAAGUUCAAGUGUUAUGGAUGAAAAAUAUGAAGUGAGAGUGUAGCUGAGAGUGAGCAGGUGGUCCGUGCAGUACCAGAACUAAUCACAAUCCAGGGAAUAAAACUGCCUCUUCAAACCAUUUUACUGUGAAUUACAGUCCACCAAUUAGAGGGUUCCUGGGAUUGAAAGACCAUGUGAUUGUUGACAAUGAUGUCAGCAUUGCAAACUGAAUGGAGGCAAAAGUAAGACAGCCAUCUCUUUAAUUUCCUGAAAACAUGCAUCAAUUCUGCUUAACUUAAGUAAAGUACAACGUACAGCAACCUAUUUGUCAUUCAUGGAUCAUGAAUUCAUUCUCCAGGAUGGCCUUGAACAUUUUAUAAUAUUUUAUUUGAAUGUAAACAUAAUUACUAGAGAGUAAAUAAUGAUUUUCCUUCAUCAUUGAUUACUCAAUGCAAGAUGCAUUGAUCUGUACAAACCUAGCUUAAAAUGCAGCAGAUAGGUAUGUAAAGGUUUACUCAGAAUCAAUAUGAAUUAAAUUUCUGCUCCCAAACAAAAUGAAUGAAUUAUAAGUCAGGAUGACUAUUUUCUUAACUUAGUGCAGUAGAAUGCUGUCUAGAGCAAUCUGUUAUACCGGAUUCACUGAAAACAUGGCCAUAGAUGUGGGAAAAAAAACACAAAAAGUGUUUUGAAAGAAAUGUAUUUUAAUGAGUGUAGAUAUAAAUAAUUUUAUGUAGGGACCAUAUUUUGUCUCUUAAAAUUCAGUUAAUUAAAAUGGAACACUGGGAAAUGUGAGGAAAGAUAAAGGUGAUCUCAUAUGUUUGUGUCACUUGUUAUUUCAGUGGCUACCCUUCUUCCUUGAUGGGGUGUUUGCAGAGAUCACCACGUGCAUAUGCUAAAGUUCUUUCAUUCUGUCCUCUUCUAAAUUCAGCAGUUCUGGCUGGAUGGCUUCAAGUGAAGGGAAGAUCAUUAACAUUUAUGUCCUUGCUUAAUGCGCCUGCUUACAACAUAAAGAAAAUGACAGUCAAUGUACAAUUCGUAUUUCAGUCUCUUUGCUUUGACAUAAAAACAAUCUAGCUAUGCUUGCUCCAGGAUAUUUAGCAUUAGGCAGUACUUUGCCCAUCACCCUUGUUAGUCACAACUGGAUGUUCAUAAAAUCAGACAAUAAAGUUUGGUGCAGAUGAGAUGCCAUAGCGUAAACUGAGUUUUACAUGAAAAGGGGUAAUAUUUCGUUAAAAAUGUGAAGAAUAAUCUGAAAUGAUUGUGAGCUUUUGCCUUGAAUUGAAAAUGCCAUCAGAUGGUUCUGUUAUGAUGUCAUAUCCAUAUUUAUAAUUAUCAAAUUUGGUUGUGGUAUACCUAUACAGCUGUCGAUGCCUUGCAAAAGUCAUCAUAAAUUAGAUUAAUUUAAACAACCUUUAUUGAUUUCAUGUGUAUAUUAAUACGUGUGUCUAUGUACUUUUAUUUUAUUACUUAAUGUAUGUUUCAAAAUAGUUUAGUUAAGCAUGAUGGAUCAGGUCUAUACUCUUUAUACUUCAAAGGUUCAAAUGGAUGGAUCAUAAAAUUCAAGACAGCCUGGGUACAUUUUGAGAUAGUAUCACAAUUUUAUUUUUAAAAAGUACUGUAUUAAUUUUCAGUAGGCAAAGCCUGCAGUAUACCUAUACAUUUUUACCUUAGUAGUCUAUUAAAUACCCAGCUCUGCAUAAUAACUUAAUUAGAAUGGAUCUUCAUCAUGUCUCUUCUACAAAAUACCACAUUGGUGAACUAUAUGGACAUCAUUAUGCUAAUUGGACCAAAUGAGCAGGAGAUAGCAACCACUUUGGUCCUACCAACAAAAAAGAAGCCCAACAUUUAGGGAAUCUAUUUGGAUGUCGGGGACAGCACAUUCUUCACUUGGUUUGUUACUCUGGCCCUUAUAUAGAAAGCUUCUAGCUCUGUGUGAGACUUGGAACUUGAGAAGACUCUUCAAGAAGUCCUGGGUAGUACAGACUGUUCUAUUACUUAGACCAUAUUGUCCAGCACACCCAAUGAUAUUCAUGCUACUAGUGUGGCAAACAGUUGGUGUUUGGAGCUUUUGUCAAGCCUCUGUAGGCAAAUUACAGAGGAAACCUUAGAAUUUUGUAGAAAGGCUCUACCAUCAUAUGUAGACAACUACUCUUUUUUUUGAAAGACAGAUCUUGGCCUGCUAUGGAAGUUUAACGUUUGACAGUGGGCAAUCCAGCUGUAGUGUUUCCUCAGCUGCUCAUCAUGAACUUGGUGUUAUCUGACUUAUCACAUCAUAAAGGAGGAUGUGCACAGCAGCAAUCUAUUAUCAAACGGAAGUGACAUAUGCAUGAUUAGACUCAAUGAGGUAUUGAAUACACAAAAACCUUACAUGAAGAAGUAGCCCAAAUGUCUGUGGUUCCUUCUCCCAUUAAAAUGCUUUGCGCUGCAUGUAUGAACCUGUAACUUCAUGAGACAUUCCUUAUAAUCAGCUAAAGGAAAGAAGACUAGGGCUUGAUUCACUGAUGGUUCCGCAGGUUAUACAAGCAGCACCCAGAAGUAGAUAGAUGCAACUACAUCUAUCUAUUUUCUCAGCCAACCCAUAACCGGUAAACGGCGUUCUUCACAGUGGGCAGAACAUUGGGAAAUAAAUGCAAUCAUACAUUUUAUGUAGAAAGAGAAAAGGCUAGGUGUGUAAUUCUUCACUGAUUCUUGAGCUGAAUCCAAUGGUUUGGAUCAAUGGUCAGACUUGGUAACGAGUAUGAAUGGAAAAUUAAUUAGAAGAACUUUGAGGAAAUAUGUGGAGAGAUAUCUCCAAUAUGGGCAAAGAGCUUUGGUUCUUGGGGGAGAGUGCUCCUUCUAGUAGCCAUAACAAAAAUCCCACUGAACUGACAGCUCAGGUUUCCUCUUGGCCAGUUUGGGCUUCAGAUGCCUUUAUGCCAACAAGCUAAGGAAGAAGUAACAGUGUUAGUAGGGGUCACUAAUCUGGAAUACCAUGGCCAAAUUCAGUUACUUCUUCACAAUUUAGUGAAAACAGUUUCUUUUUAGUGCAGAAAAUCCUUCUUGGUUGUCAACUUGACUACUUUUAAAAUUAACUAACCACCCCCCAAACACACACGCACACACACACACACACACACACACACACACACACACACACACACACACACACACAAGCAAAAUGAAGAGAACACCUGAGAGAGAGAUUUUUGCCAAGUUUGAAGUAGGAAGAUUCAAUUCUUAUCAAGAUUUUGAGGUAGGAAGAAACACCCUUACACUAGAUCAUUUGAGUUUAGAAAAAAAGGCAAGCAUUUAAUCCAGUUCUUGAGGAGAGAAACAGUACCUGGCAGAGGAGUAACCAUGAUCACUAAGAUGGUUACCCAAAGAAAUGUGCUUUCCCUGAUGAUCUCCCCAAAUGUCACAAACGUAGCUGCAUAUUUUUUGGUAGUGGGGCUCUGAGUUGUGCUCUCCUCUGUAAAAGAAGCAGCACUAUAUUAAAUGCAACAUUUCUCAGUACCUCCCAUAAAAUCAUUUGUAAAGUCUACAUCCAGUUUAAAAAUAUGACAGCAUUCAUGUCUUUGAACUUUCAUGUGUAUGUAACUGAAAUCAGACUAUUUCCAAUUUUUAUGUUCGAUAAAUAUAUGACUGGCUAAAUUAUUGUCCUUUCUGAGAUGCACCUGAAUGAUUUCCAGCAUUUUGUAGCUUAAAUGUUCUGUGGAGUCAUUGUAUACAUUGUGUAAAAUAUAUUGUAUUAAACUGUCUUGGGUUCCAAUGCAUGCUCUAAUAAAUAAUAGAUGUAUAAUCUGUUAUGAGGAGCUUACCAGAGACGACAACUCAUACACAGUAUGUGGUCAAUUGAAAGUCUUUAUUACAGCUAUCUGAGACAAUACCUAUGUGUUCAGGAACCUAGGUAGGACCUCAGUAUCGAGAUAACAGGCUUUUUAAAGGCAGAAAAGUCUUCCUGAUAUCUCCAUAGGCAGCUGAUAGGGGUAGGGGCACAGUGGGCUGCAUUCGAAGAAAGCAGUUUGAUGCAAGCAGUUUUGACAGAAGCUAAGACUAGCAACAGAAGGUUCUGCACAAACAGGCAGUUUAACAAGGCUAAGAUAAGUUAGUUAAGGCAUCCUGACCUUUGAUUCCUAUAAUAGUGUUUUUAGUUUUCCAUGGGAUUCUCCGUCAAGGAAUUCAGAUUCUAAUUAAACCUGGAAUGGCCUCAGCAAGAGCACAGGGAUGAAUUUCUGAACUGUCUAGGCCCAAAACAAAACUUUGUCAUUUCCUUAUAAUAAAAACUACUUUCUAGAGAUUAAAAAGAAGAGAAAUCUUUAGGUUUCUCUGAUACGCAUAGAUUUUGAAGUAGGACCAAUCCAAUAGGUUAAACGUGAACUGCUUAACCUUUUUUCAGAGUGCGUCACAGAGAUAUUUAUGACUAUUAUUUUAUUUUUUCCUCUGAUUAGUAAGAAAAAAUAUCCACUGUUUUAUUUUGAAUGCAGCAAAAAAGCCAUAGUAUCAUACUCUGAGGAGUAGAACAUCAGUUUUUUUUUUCAACAUUAUAUAUCCCAGUCUUAGGAAUGACACCUUAUUCAUACAUAAAUUCUAAGUCUUCUUUGAUUAAAAUCUAGUUUAGUCAAUUUUUGUAUUUAUAUUUUUAAUUUAAUUUAUUUUUACACUCCAGAUUUUAUUCCCUUCCUGAUCCACUUUGCCAAUAGUUCCACAACCCAUAUCUCCUCCCCACCUACCCCUACCCCAUCUCCACAAGGAUGUUCCCACCCCACCCACCAGAUUUUAAACUUCCUGGGGCCUCCAGUCUUUUGUUAGAUGCAUCUUCUUUGACUGAACCCAGACCUGGGAGUCCUCAGAUGUAUAUGGGUUGGAGCCAACAUCUCAACUGGUAUAUGCUGCCUGGUUGGUGAUUCUGUGUCUGAGAGAUCUCAGGAGUUCAGACUAAUUGAGACUGCUGGUCUUCCUACAGGGUUGCCCUUCUCCUCAGCUUCCUCCAGCUAUUCCCUAAUUCAACCAGAGAGGUCAGCAGCUUCUAUUCGAGGUUGGGUGCACAUAUCUGCAUCUGACUCUUUCAGCUGCUUGUUGGGUCUUUUGACCCAACAAGUCAUGACCAGUCAUGAUAGGUCCAUUUUUCUGUGAAUGUCCCAUAGCCUCAGUAAUUGUGUCAGGUCUUAGGGCCUCCCCUUGAGCUUGGUUCCCAUUUAGACCUGUUGCUGGACCUUCUUUUCCUCAGGCUCUUUUCCAUUUCCAUCCCUGAAGUUCUUUCAGACAGGAAGAAUUAUGGGUCAGAGUUUUGACUGUGGGAUAGCAACUCCACCCCUCACUUGAUGACCAGUCUUUUGGCUGGAGGGUCCAGUAAGUUCCCUCUCCCCACUGUAAGGAAUUUCAUCCAGGUUCCCCCCUCUUUGAGUCCUAAUAAUCUCUCACUCCCCAGGUCUCUGGUACAUUCUACAAGGUCCUCCAAACCUCCUUCCUCCUGAGGUCGCCUGUUUCCAUUGUUUCUGCUGGCCCUCAGAGCUUCAGUCCUUUUCUCCCACCCAAUACCAGCUCAUGUUACCAUUUCCCCUACCUCCAUACCCAUUCCCUCCUUCCCUGUUCAUCCAUUCCUAACUCCUUGUAGGUGCUUUCUUCUCCCUCCCAAGUGGGUGGGAGGCAGCCUUAUUGGCCCUUCUGCUUUUUGACCUUUUUGAGUUCUGUAGAAUGUAUCUUGGGUAUUCUGUACAUUUUUUUUUGCUAAUAUCCACAUAUUAGUGAGAACACACCAUGGAUGUCCUUUUGGGUCUGAGUUCCCUCACUCCGGAUGAUAUUUUCUAGUUCCAUCCAAUUGCCUGCAAAACUCAGGAUGUCCUCUUUCUAAAUAGCUGAGUAUUAUUCUAUUGUGUAAAUCAACCACAUUUUCUGUAUCUAUUCUUCUGUCUUGGGACAUCUGGGUUGUUUCCAGCUUCUGGCUAUCACAAUUAAAACUGCUAUGAAUGUAGCUCAACAUGUGCCCCUAUGGCAUGAUAGGGCAUCUUUUAUAGCAAAACCUGACCACUUCAUUUAGCAAUGUUAAAUCAUCUUUGAAAUGUCAUCUACCAUGGCCAAAUAAUAGUACAAACAAAGAAAAUCUGUGCUUUCCUAACAGUCCACACUCUGGUGGAGAGACCACUCAUUUCAGUGAUUAAGAUAUAUACUAUUGGAUUUAAAAAUCAAGUUUUCACAAAUUUGGACAUAGUUCACAGCAAAGAAUUGAUUUAUUUAACUCUAUUUUGACAGACUAUAUUCUUUAUUAAACUUUUUAAGUUUCUUUGCUUUCUACCCUUUUAACUUUUAAUCUGCAUUAUUGAAAGUGUCUUUGUUUUACUCAGUAUUAGGACUUCCCAGGGUUUGCUACAAUUUUUAGAAACACACUUUCAUUUUCUAAGUCUAGCUACUGCUGUAUGACCUCACAUUGAUUGAAACUCAACCAGCUUGUUAAGCCAGAUGCAUGACUCUGUAGAUACUGCUGUCUUUCUAUUGGGGCAUAGAUGUUCCCAAGCUUUGGCUUGACUCCAACCUUUUGGAAGGGUACUCUAAAUUAUGUAUGUCAUACCUGUUAUAUUUUGGAAGGACAAACAUCCUUUUCAUUUAUUCUAUGGAUUUCUGUGAAGGGGCCAGUGAGUAUUGUACCCGAUAUUGUUAUCUCUCUCAUCCCAUCAGCUAAUUACAGGACCUCUUCUUUGAAAAGGCAAUUUUAUUGCCAUCACUGUUCUGCCUACUCUGAAUCAUUAUUGCAUACUCUGAUGCAUUAUGGUAAUGAAAGAAAAUUAAACCAUACUCAAUAUUUUAAAAAAAUAAAGCAAAGAGCACUGUGAUGAAAUGAAAUGGUUAUAUCUAUAGGCUGGAAUCUAAAUGUGAGCUAAUUCUUUGUCUAGGGAGAGUUUUAAUGUGAAGCUUUAUAGAAAUAGACAUAAUAGAUUAAGACUUUACUUAACCAGAACUGUUGAAUUGGCUCCCUAGUCUGUGCCUUCCACAUGUUUAUGCAAUUGUGUUUUUAAGUCAACGUCUUUAUUCAUCUGAAAAUAUCACCCUAGUGCUUUUCCCAUCUACAAAGGCAGCACAGUCAAGCUCUGCUCAGUGGUUGGCAUAAAUGUUUCAAUCCCUGUAAAACCAUCAGAAGAAACUAAAAAGGCAGGGGACUGAAGGUAAGAAGGUCUCAAUCAACUACCUCUAAAUAAUUCUUUUUGAUAUAUGGAGUGAGUAAAACCUAUCAUUUUUGAGCUGAAAAUUAUAUAAGCUAAAAAUUGCAUGGUUCUAUAUUGAAUGUAAUGCAAUGAAAAGUACAUGAUAUUUAACUGUGAUAAUGUCUCCUUAUGGAAUUCAAAUUAUGUCUUAAUAACUAUUUCUAGGCAAUUAAGAUUUCCUUGAAGGAAUUAAAUGAUUUGUAAGUCACAAUUAUAGAAAGAUAAUUUCUAGUUCUAUCUCACAGUUAAAGUAGAAAUUAAUUUUGUUAGCCCUAUUUUAGGAAGUAUCAUAGUAUAAAUUCCUUAUUUUCCAGAACACAUUUUAUCAAACUUUAUAAAGAAUUAAUAUAUAAUUCAAUGUUAUACUGUGUCAAAGUAUCAUCUAAAUCUCAUAAUUGUGGAACAUAGUUAAAGUAAUUCAAGGGAGAAAGUCUUGUUUCCAGGAUAUUAUAUCAAGAAUAAUAACAAUGAGAAAAGGACAGCAAGAGAAUACUCCUUACAACCGUAUUGGAUUUAAUAAUAUCUCUAAAUCAGACAAAAUUUAAAAAGUUAUUUUUCUCCUGGUUUCUUUGGAGGAUUUUAUGUUUCAACCCCAUUCUUCUUUUGUAUAAUUAGCUAUUGGAUACCUCCAAAAUUAUUCUUUUGCUUACGAUUGUUUUGUUUACAAGGAACUUUGAGUUCUGUGAAGAAUUGCUAGACUAUUCCCACAGAUUGCAUUAUAACUAUCAAUUUUUCUUUAUCUGACCACAUGUUGUGCAUGAUAUUUCUGUUUUCUGGUGUCUUCAUUUCUUUCAGUGUUUUAACAAUGUCGCAGAAAAUGUUUUUCAUCUCUUCUAACAUCUUUGUCCUUGGGUAAUUAUACAUAUUUUAUUUAUUCUCACAAAUUUGAUAUCUUUCUGUCUCUCCCUCUCCCUCUCUCUCUACCUCCCUCCCCUACAAACACUAUGCAUGUGUACAUAUUCAUAAUCUUUAUGGCUCACUACCAAACUAAAGAAUAACACAGUGAGUUUUAUUCUUCAAAGGUGAAUUAAAGCUUUCCAUAUCACAGAGUAUAAAAAUUAGCAAUAUAUAAAAUAAUAAUGAAUUUGAAAUUACCAAGGUUCUCGUGUUUACAUAUUUAUCCCUGGAUCGCAAAAAGUAGCAUACCAUUAUUUGAAAAUGCUGUGAGACUUGCUUUUUUCCUAUGUUGUGGUUUUAUUCUAAAAUAUAUUAUUGUGUUGAAUAGAGGUACCUUUUAAAUGAAAAACGAAAAAUGAGUAAGGAGAAUGAGAUAUAUGCCAAAUGAGAAAUGGAAAUUAGCAUAACAGCUUUUAAAGUGAAAAUAAUACCUGAAGAAUAAUAAAUCUAAGGAGGGAAGACAUAUAAAACACGGAAGUACUGAAGCGGCCUUUUCUGGAUACUCAGCUUGGAGGCUGCGCAGUUGCCAGCAUUGACUCUGUCUCUUACACCAUUUACAAUGAUUCUGAACAUGGACUGGGGAAGCACUAAUUGUCUGACAGAGAUGUCUAAAUAUUAAUGGCUCUCAUCUGCGUUCCAGAAGUCUGCCCUGGCCACACUUACCUGUGUACUAUGUAGAUGGGUCAUGUAAACCACCCCCCUAAGUUCAUAAAACUCCCUAGUUUGUUUACUUUGAAUCAAAAUGUGGGUAUUAGCUUGAAUGAGAAUAGCUCCCAUCGACUCAUCUUUGAAUGACUGUUCCCCAGCUAGUGUAUCUGUAUGGGAUGGUUUAGAGUUGUGGCCUUGUUGGAGUAGACACGGCCUUGUUAGAAGAAUCAUUACUCUGAGGAUGUGCUUUAGAGUUUCAAAAAUCCAAGCCUGGACAUUGUCUCUCCCUUUCUCUUUGGUUGCCAUGUGCAGGUCAGAAUGAAAUGUUCUCAGUUACUGCUCCACUGACAUACCAGAGUGCUUCUUUUCCUGAAGAUCAUGAAAUAACCUUCUACAUUUGUGAGCAAGCUCCAAAUGAAAUGUGUUCCUUUACAAGAGUUGCCUUGGUCGUAGUGUGUUUUAACUGCAAUAGAACAGCCAUAAGUUGGUACGGGGGAGUCAGGUAUUACUGUGACAGGCAUGACCAUGCUGUGGUUUGGAGAUAUAUUGAAGACUUUGGGACUUUGAAAUAUAAAAAUGCUUGAAUGUUUUAUGUAAGACCCAGUUGACUAUCCUAAUAGGAAUUUGAAGACAGUAGUGCUGUAAGCAAUAUGAACUUUUAGUAACUAAUUCCAGAGGUAUUACUGCUAAAGGAUAUUAGCACCUGACUUACAGAUCAUUUUGUGAUAGCUUAGCAAAGAAUGUGCCUGAUUUGUGCCUUGGUCCUAAAAAUCUGCCAGGGGCUAUCUUGAAGAGUCUUGGACUAAUACCUUCCAUUGACAAAGGAACUAUCAAGACACCUAGGAUGAUUGUUCAUGUGGUUAUUAUUGAUCAUUUUUAUAUAAAUCUACAAUAAGAAGGGGAAGCAAGGCAAAGAGAAAUAUAAAACACACAAUUUUGAGGAGCAACCGAAGACCAAGAAUUAAUGUUGAACCCAAGUCCUCUGGGCCUGUGAAUGGUAGCAUAGUUGUGGUUUAAAUAAGAAUGGACUAUAUAUUUGAAUGCUUGGCCCCCACUUAGUGGAACUAUUUGAGAAGGAAUAGAGGUUUGGCUUUAUUGGAUUGUGGCUUUGUUCAUGGAAUUGUGCCAAGCUAGGCCCAUUCUCUAUAUCUGUUUCUGUCUCUAUCUCUCUCUAUGUCUCUCUGUCUCUGUCUCUCUGUCUGUCUCUCUGACUCUCUGUCUCUGUCUCUCUUUCUCUCUAUCUUUCUCUCUAUCUCUCUUUCUCUCUCUCUCAUCUGCUUACUGCCUUCUGAAGAUGUAAAAUUGAAGGAGUAGUUAAUCUAACAUUUUGUGACUUUCAUUGUUCCCCCUAAUUUGUCCUCAAAUAUGAUUGAUUGUUAAAAUGGAAGUUCCAUCACCAGAUAGUGCCCAAGCACAGACUUCAGAGAAUAAGGAGAGUAUAAAGACCCUCUGAUUGAUAAUCCAUCAUAAUGGAUAAUAACUAUCUUGUUUCAUACAUUGCCAGCAAGAUCUAGGACUUAUGAGGCCUGCUACAUUGUCCUGAAUAGACUGAUUAAAGCUACCUGCCUUACUUUCCAGAUAAGGAUCUUGAUUAUAGAUCCCAUUCCUAUGUCCAGCCAUGGAUAGAGCUGCGUGCUUUUGCUUUUUGCUUGGUAUUCUGCUUUCUUUUUCCCCUGUGUGUGUAGUUUCUGGUCAUCUUCCAAUCUAUUUUUAUAAUCAUAGCUUUUAGUCUCUAUAUCACACACAAGCAAGUUCUCAUCUGGGUAAAAAUUUUUUCAUGCAGUGCCUUUUAAGUGAAAAAUCUGAUUUCUGAAAAAUACAAUUGAAUGUCUUUUUAGAAACUACUAAAUAAUCUACUUCAUCACCCUUUAAUUCAUAUGUGUAAUAUACAACUCAAUUUAGUUGGUGAGAUUUCCUUUUAAUUUUCAAUUGCACUUAUUUGAAAUAGGUUUUAAAAAAUAAAAAAAAAAAAAACCUUUUCCUUAGAGGUACUAUUCAUCAUUUACUAUAGUCCCCAAAUACUCUUAGCAAAUAUGUCACUAUGUAUUUGUUUUAUUGGAUAUAAGAAUAGACACACUUUUCAUGUAAGCAAAUCAAAGUCAGUUGUUAGAGAUAGUUAUUAAAUUAAUCUUCCCAAUCAUAACCUUAAGUUUAAAAACAACCAACCACGAAAUUUAGUUAUACUAUCAAUAAAGAAUAAAAGGAAAAUAGUGCACUUUGUGUGUAAGUGUUAAAAGGUUUUAAGGAGACGAUAUUUUACUUUGAUCUUUUGCUAAAAUACACCAUUUAUAUCACAAAUGCUCUUUCAUGUAUACUAUUAAUUUUUGUAUUGUAGAUAUGCUUAACAAGUUGAUUCAAAGUUUUCUCAAUAAAAUUAAGAUUAAAUUUACCAAAAUAUUCAUUUAUUUUUCUGAAAAAAAUCUAUAUUCUGAAAUAAUUUUUUAGAAAGGAAUGCAAUGUUUUGUGAUUAAAUCAUUAUGUGGAUGAACUAUCAUAUCAUGUUGAUAAAAAUGUUAUAAAAAAUUCCUCUGUUGGUGUACUGGCUAGUCUUAUGUCAAUUUGACACACAAAGUGUAGUUAACUGUAAGGAGAGAAUCCUAAUUGAAGAAGAGCCUCCAUAAGACCUAUCUAAUGUAUUUUCUUAAACAAUGAUUGAUGCUGGGGAGCCCAGCCCAAUGUGAGUGGUACCAUCCCUGGGCUGGUGAUUCUGGUUUCUAUAAUAAGGCAGCCUGAACAAACCAUGGACAGCAAAAUAAGUAAACAGUUCCCCACCACGGCCUCUGACUCAGCUCCUGCCUCCAGGAUCCUGCCCUGCUUGGCCUCUUGUCCUGACUUUCUUUAAAUAUAAGCACUACUGGGGAAGUAUAAGACUAAUUAGCCCUUUUCUUUCCAAAGUGCUUUCAUUAUAGCAAUAGAAACCCUAACUAAGAGAGUUGGUUUUAAAUAAAGCAGAUGUAAAUAUCUCUGUCUGUCUGUCUAUUUAUUUAUAUCUAGAAUUUAAAUAAAUUAGAAUAUUUAUAUUCUUUGUUUGAUAGUUCUAUUGUGUUGUCUAAAUUGUCUUUGUAAGAUGAUAUUCUUCUUGGAAACUACAUCUUCACUAGGAUGUUUUUGAUGUAAACAACAAUGAAUAUUUCCCUCCAGAGAUAAAUGACCUAACAGCAGCUUAAUGAAGAGACGCAGAAUAAAUCCUUUGGUGUAAAGACAAUGCUACUAUCCACAAUUAGUGCUUUAAUCCUUGUAAUAGUACACAUAGAAAAUAAAUAUCAUUGAUGGUAAAUUCUAUUGUCUUGUUCCUAUAAUUAAUAUUAAUUAAUAAUGUAUUAAAUAUUUCCUGAUUAUAGGCACAUAUAACACUAAAUAUUGAUUUAUGACAAAUCAAUAUAAAAAAUUUGUGGUAUAGUAUAAACAAGGUUAAUAAUUUUUUAUUUUCUUGUAUUCUGCAAGUGUUUCCAGAUACAGGAAUUGACUACUAUGAUAUUCAUAUUUAAAAAACACAUGCUAUAUUCUUCAAAUAAACUUUGGAAAUAUGCUCUUCUUUUCAGUAUCUAGUUUAAAUCUAUUAUAUAUGCAUAUAUUUAUGUAUGAGUAUGUAUAUAUCUGUGUAUGGAGUUAAUAGUCACUUAAUUUCAUCAUAUGCAUGAUGAACCAUGUAAUAUUCAACAUAGCCUCGUGUAUAAAGCUGUGUCUUAUUCACAUCCUAAAGGACAUGGCCAGAAUAUGCUAGGACAAACUAAACCAACUGGUCUCUCUUUUUAAACUUACCUCAAGUAAUGAGUUGAAUUCAAGGCAAAUUAAAAACAGCUCCAAGCUAGCAUUUAUUUCUAAGAUGUGUUAUAUAUGUUGAAACUUCUAUAUAAUGUUAACCAUGUGAGAAUUAUUACAGAUAAACCAGCAUGAAGUGUCCAUAAAUAUGACAGGAAUGGUAAAAUGAAAGCUGAUAUGAAAUUAAACACUAACUCACACAAGAAAAUAAACUAUGGGAGAGUAGAAGAGGAAAAUAUAACUGUAUUUUUAAAAAAGCAACCUUCAGAUAGGUUUGUUAUGAAUUAAUCAAUCACAGGAUGUCACUGCAGGUCAAUCAUGCAAGAAGAAUAGGGAGAUUUGAGCAGAGUUUUGAGUGGUACAAACAGAGAAAUAUAACGAACAAGUCAGGUGAGAUGAUGAAAUUUUAUUGUUGCUGUCUUUAUAUUUUUCAAAUAUAAAAAUGAUAACAUGCACUUCGCUGUUAAAAAUGAAAUUCCAAAUGAGUUAGAAAUAAUUUACUUUAUGAAAUAAAGAAUGUGUUAUAGAAGAAUUUUGGCAUUAACCAUGAACAAAAUAGUACAAGAUAAAUGAUCCAAAAUUAUUAGAUAUAUUUUUUUCAGUGAUGAAAUUGUAUUUCUUUAUUUUGUGCUCCGUAUGGGUUUUUUAAUUGAUUAUUUUAUUUAUUUACAUUUCAAAUGUUAUCCCCCUCUUCACAGUUUCCCCUCCACAGUCUCCCUAUUCGUUCCUCCCUCCCCCCUGAAUCUAUGAGGCUGUACCCCAACCACCAACCCACUCCUGCGUCAGUGGCCUAGCAUUAACCUAUCCUGGGUCAUCAAGGUCCUCCACAGGACCAAGGAGUCCUUCCAGUGAUGCUAGAUAAGGCAAUCCUCUGCUACUUACCCAGCUGGAGCCACGGUUACCCCCUGUGUACUCUGGUUGGUGGUUUAGUCCCUGGGAGUUUUGGGGGUUGUUGUUGGUAGAUAUUGUUGUUAUUCCUAUGCACACCGCUUCAGCUCCUACAAUCCUUGCCCUAACUUCCCAAUUGGGGUCCCCACGCUCAGUCCAAUAUUUGGCUGUGUGCCUCUGUAUCUCUAUUGGUCCAGCUCUGAAUGAGCCUCUCAUGGGACAGCUAUACCUGGCUUUUGUCAGGAAGCACUUCUUGGCAUCAGCAAUAGUGUCUGCGUUUGUUGUCAGCAGAUAGGAUGGAUCCCAAGGUGGUGUAGUCUCUGGAUGACCUUUCCUUCAGUUUCUGUCCCACUGUUUGUCCCUGCAUUUCCUUUUGACAAGAGGAAUUCUGGAUUAAUAUUUUUGAGGUGGGUGGGUGGUCCCAUCCCUCCUCAUCUAGGGGCUGUGGCUGUCCACUGUAUAUGGUCUCUACAGGGUCUAUCUCCCCUUUGUUUGUUUGUUUGUUUUAUUUUGGUUAAAGUCUUCUCUGUUGUGUCCCAGAAACUCCUUGAGUCUCUGGCAUCUGGCACGUUCUAAUGGCUACCAUCAGUUCCGCCUCCCCAACUACUACACUGCUACUUCCAAAUUCUUGAACCUCUGUAUGUCACCCCCUUCUCCUCCCAUAUCUGAACUGGUCCCUCCUUUUUCUACCCCCUCCUCUUUCCCACUACUUCACAGAGAUUAUUCUCUUUCCCCUACUGAGCAGUAUUGUAGCAUCCACACUUUGCUGUGAUCUUUCUUCUUGAGUUUCAUAUGGUCUGUGAGUAGUAUUGUGCGUAUUCUGAGCUACUUUUGGGCUAAUAUCCACAUAUCAGUGAGUACAUACCACGUGUGAUCUUUUGUGACUGGGUUACUUUACUCAAGAUAAAAUUUUCAAGUUCCAUCAAUUUGCCUGCAAAUUUCAUGAAAUCAUUGUUUUUAAUACUGAGUAGAACUUCAUUACGUAAAUGUGUGGGAUGAUGUCACAGGUGAGGCAGGUACAAGAUAGAAGGAGGCCUAUCAUUGGAUGAGAAGGAUGGGCAGGAGAAAAGUUUGAAGGAAGAGGAGGAGACUGGAAAGGAAAGGAAGAAGAGACAGGAGGGACAGGGAGAGAAGCCGUCACAGGACAAUAUGGUAGGUGACGUUAAGAUUCUACGCUGUACCUUUACAGGUUGUUAUGAAUGUUUUUAAGGGAUGGAUGUGUAUUGGGUUUUGUACGUUUAGGUGGGCAACUAUAUCUUAUCAACUGGGCCAAGGAUUAUUGUGUUGUGUGUUCUUUCAUGUAGCGAUUUAAGUGUAAGAAAGUGUGCAGUGGCUGGUCUUGGCUGGCACAGAGAUGGGAUGUGUGUUUCUGGCAUGGAAACCUGCUUGGGAAAUAGGUAGGUAGAGAGAUUGCUGCCAGGCUCAGAGAGAUGCCUUUGGCACUGUAAUAUGGGAUGGAGCAGAGCAGAUGAGAAGCUUUGCUGACUGAGAAUUAAGAUAUCUAGCAGAUAUCUUGGGACACUGUGGUGUAGACCUAGUGGGGAUAAAAGACAGUGAUACUUUUUUAUUUUUUAUAUAUUUACAACAUAAAUGUACCCCAUUUUCUGUAUCAAUUAGAUGUUGAGGGACAUCUGGGUUCAUCCCAGGUUCUGGCUAUUAUAAAUAAGGCUGCUAUGAACAUAGUGGAGCAUAUGUUUAUGUUAUACCACAGAACAUCUUUUGGGUACAUUCCUAGGAGUUGUAUAGCUGGGUCCUGAGGUUGUACUAUGGCCACUUUUUCUGAGGUACUACAAGACUGAUUUCCAGAGAGGUUGUACCAUCUUGCUAUCCCACCAACAAUGGAAGAGUGUUCCUCUUUCUCCACAUCCUUGCCAGCUUUUGCUGUCCUCUAAGUAUUUGAUCUCACAUUCUGACUGGUGUGAGGUGGAAUCUCAGAGUUGCUUUGAUUUGCAUUUACCUGAUGACUAAAGAUGUUGAACAUUUCUUUAGGUACUUCUCACCAUUUGGUAUUCCUCAGUUUGAGAAGUCUUUGUUUAGCUCUGUACCCCAUUUUUAAUAGGGUAAUUUGAUUCUCUGGAGUCUAACUUCUUGAGUUCUUUGUAUAUAAUGAAUAUUAGCCCUCUAUAAGAUGUAGGAUUAGUAAAGGUCUUUUAUUUGCUGUUUUGUCCUAAUGAGCAUGACCUUUGCUUUAUAGAAUCUUUGAAUGUCUUUUUAUUUUAAUUAAGUAUUAUAGCUAUAAUGCACAUACUUCUUGGUAAAAUUUUCUUGGAUAUGUUAUGUAUUUACAUUUCAAAUGUUAUCCCCUUUACCCCUUCUCCAAUAUUCCUCCUCUACUGCUUUGUUGAGGAUGCUCCCACUCCUAUUCUUCCUCUCCCAUCUCAACACCCUGGCAUUCUCCUACAUUGGGGAAACAGUACUUCAGAGGACUGAGGGUUUUCCUCCUAUUGAUGCUGGACAAUGCCAUCCUCUGCUAUAUACAAGAGUGGAGCUAUGGGUCCCUCCAUGUGUACUCAUUAGUUGGUGGUUUAGUCCCUGGGAGUUCUGGUGGGGGCUAAAUUUGGUUGAUAUUAUUGUUAUUCUUAUGGGAUUUCAAACUCCUUCAGCCCCUUCAAUCAUUUCUCAAACUCCUCCAUUGAGGUCCCCAUGCUCAGUCCAAUGGUUAGCUGCAAGAAUCCUCAUCUGUAUCAGUAGGGCUCUGGCAUGGACUCACUGGAGUCAUCCAUAUCAGGCUCCUGUCAGCAAGCACUUCUUGGCAUCAGCAAUGAGGUCCCAUUGUCAAUUCCUGAUCUUAGAGCAUAAACCAUUGGUGUUCUGUUCAGCAAAUGAACCCCUGUGCCCAUGUGUUUGAAGCUUUCCACACUUUCUCUUCUAUUACUUUCAGUGUAUCUGGUUUUAUAAGGAGGUCCUUUAUCCACUUGGACUUAAACUUUGUACAAGGUGAUAAGAAUAGAUCAAUUUGCAUUCUUCUGCUGACAGCCAGUUGAACCAGAACCAUUUGUUUAAAAUGCUGUCUUUUUUUUUUCCAUUGGAUGUUUUUAGCUCCUUUGUCAAAGAUCAAGUGACCAUAGAUGUGUGCGUUCAUUCCUGGGUCUUCAAUUAUGUUCCGUUUUUCUACCUGCCUGUCUCUGUACCAAUACCAUUCAGUUUUUAUCAAUAUUGCCCUGUAAUACAGCUUGAGGUCAGAGAGAGUGAUUU